GCUGGAGUCGGGUGUGGGUCUCUUCGAGCCAUGGAGGGCGAGCCCCUGGGGGAGGACGCGCUGCUGUGGCAGCUCCGGGACAGCCGCCGCCGCUUCCAGACGCGCAUGCAGCGGCUGAUAGAAAAGUACAACCAGCCCUUCGAGGAUGCCCCGCUGGUGCAGAUGUCCACGCUGACCUAUGAGACACCCCAGGGAUUGAGAAUUUGGGGUGGAGGACUAGUAAAGGAGAAGAACAAAGAACAAAUCCAGGACUCCCCGGUGAAGACUUUCGAGGAUGCCCCAGACAGCAGGAGCGGCGGUGACCCCGCGGAAGCCGAAGCCCGAGGUCUGGCGCUUCCUGAGCCCAGCACACGAAUCCUGGGAGUUGAUUCAAAAAGCGGUGAUGAUGCAUCUUUGUGUCCGGAAGAUGUAGUUGCUGGGGCCUUCAUGCCUGCAGAGCCCUGGAGCCCUUUGAAAAAUGAGUUACGAAGGAAGUACUUGACCCAAGUGGAUAUAUUGCUACAGGAUGAAGGGUGUUUAGAGUGUACUGGUGACGGAGGUGGAGAGGACGCACGCGUGACACCGAGCCCUCCCCUGGCCUCGCCUGCCGGGCCUGCCCCUGGACGCCGUGGCCGUGUGUCCGGAGAGAGUCCUGGUGGCCCAGUGAAGCCGGCUUCACGCCCCUGCUCAGCAGACCUGGCCGUGGUGCCUAGAAGUGACAGUGUCUCGUUACAAGGGACCGGGGGGCACAGCUUCUCAAGCAGCCUGUCCUUCGAGCCCGACGACAUCUGUGACGUGACCAUCAGCGACCUGUACGCGGGCAUGCUGCACUCAAUGAGCCUGCUGCUGAGCGCAAAGCCGUCCUGUAUCAUCUCCACCAAAACCUCGUUUGUCCUUCACAACUGGAGCUCGAGGAGGAGAUGCUCCAGGAGCAGAGUGAACAGGACUCAUUGCCGAGGCGGCAGGCGCCCUCACAGGGGUUCCCAGGAGAGGCUCCCAGUCCGUGCCGGGCCAGGGAGGGACAGGGGCGCCUUAAGAGAUUGUGAGAACGUACUGGACGCUUCUGGCCAGAAGACGGGUUUAAAACUGGACAAAGCUUUUCUCGAAGUAAACAAACCCCAAGUCCUUAAAUGGGGUCCCAGUUGGAAAGAGUUUAAGGAGUUAAGGAGCUUAACACCCCAGGGGCGUUCUUCGUUGCCUUAUGGAGACUCCCGUGCAGUGUGUCAUCUGGAUCAGAAGAAUAGAUACAAGGCCUUAAAAUGGUUAAUUUCCCCUGUAAAAAUCGUUUCCAGACCAAGAAUACUCCCAGGCAAGCGAGGGAAUCAUUACAGGGAAAUUGAAAUCAGAUUUGAUAAGCUUCAUCAGGAGUAUUGCCCCAGUCCCCGGAAGCAGCCCGUCCUGACUUCCCUCCCGGAAUCCUCGGCCGUGGACGUGUACAGGGGUGGUCCAGCGAGCCCUCGUGGCCCCCGGGGCCUCGAAACCCGCAGGCUCAGUGGAACUUUCGGCACAGCAGAAGCUAAGAGGUUAAAUGAGGCCUUUGAAGGGCUGGGCGAACGAGCCAGGGGAGCAGGGAGAUGCCUGCAGAGAAGGGGUUCCCCUCCCCCACUUCCAGAGACCAGCCCCGUGCAGAGCCCACACCGCUCUGAGCAGACACUCCUUUUUCAGGGAAACAAUAGUCUUGGAAUACUUAGAAAGUCCGCCUCACCCAACAGACCUACUUCAGUAGCAGGGGUGCGGCCUCUAAGCUGUGGCCGAGAUCGUUACAAGGAAAUAAAAGAAAAAUUUGACAAGCUUCAUCAAAAGUAUUGCCAACAAUCGCCUCCGCGGACGAAGGCACUUUUACGCGUUGGAGCAUGUCCAGAUAAAGCAAGUUUGGAAGUUCAGUAUCAGAGAGGCACCUUAGGAAAAUUAAACCCAGACUCUGGCUUCCAAAGUCCCCCAAAGCUGUCGGCGUCACCCCAGCAGAGCAUAGAACGUCCACUGCGCUUAACCGCCACCGAGGCUCGGCCAUUAACUUGCCUUGUGCUCACUGCCGCUAGGGGCCAUCGGUCCCCUCCAAAGAGACGCCGAUUAUCAGAUUCUGUGCUGUGUGGACAGUGGGCCAGUUCCCAGGAUUCCUCGAGAGUGGUGGGCCAGCCCAUCCCAAGGCCGGGGGAGAGGUCGUCUCCUCACAGCCCAGCUGAGAAAAAAAGGUAUUUCCAAAAACCGCGGGUGCUUUGGCUACAAAUGGGGCCGGGUGAGGAAGACGCCCCCCCCGCCCCUGAAUGAGCCCAGGAAGCCGGCAUUGAAGCUGGCCGACCGCUUCAUCAAGGUCAGAAUCAUGGUCCGGUCCUUUGUCCUCUCGCUUCCGCGGUCUUCGGCUGCCCCUGUUUUCUCAGCCUGCAGCCUGGCUCCACAGGCACCACACGGCCUGUGGCCCUAACCACGAGGUAGCCUUCGUCAGGUGAAGCGGACCCGCCUUGUGAUUGGUCUUUCUGGUCAAGGAUUGAGGUCAAGGACCUCGGGUGAGGCCCGAUGUGGAGCUGGAGCAAAGUGGGGGAGUCUCCCAGACCGGGAGAGCGGCCUGCGCCCCAGGAGGCCCCGCCGCGGGCCGAGUCGUCUGUCUGCCGGGCGGCUGGCUCUUCCCUUUUAGUCCGGGCCUCCGACUCCUUGCCUGCGCCCGUCUCGGGCCAGGCCACCUGCAGGGCAUCGCGGAGCCACGUUCCGAGUCCUGUGGGGUUGAGGCUUUCGGGGACCGUGGCAGGCACUUGGGGGACGCCAGACCUUCCUUCUCAGCUGAGAGGGGGUUGGUUUUCACCGAAGGCAGCUCCUCAAGUGAGAGCCGUGCCCGAGGUGGCCCAGCCCCGACCUGUCAGAGCGCCCUUGUCCCUCCGGCCCUGCUUGUCUAGGCCUGCACCCGCUCACACGCACCCUCCUGACCUGUUCUCUACGUGUCGUGCCCCUCAGGCUCACCUCUGUGGCUUUCCCACCUU